CACACACACACACACACACACACUCUCACAAUAGUGGGCUGAAAAGUUCAAAGGCUGACUGAAGGAGUGAUGUUAGAACUGUGAAAUCUUGCAUGCAUUAAUUUCAACUCUUCAUAUAAAUAACUGCAUUGUUUCUUUCCAGGUAAAUGCACAUCUGACUGUUCAAAGAAGACUUGAAAAGUAACUAGUAGUGACUUCUCUUGAAAAUGGACAAAAUUUGGCAUUUCUGUGUUAUCAAGUACCUGCAGAAAAAGGGUUUAGCCCCCAUAGACAUUCAUGCUAACAUGGUUGCUACUUUAGGGGAUGACACUCUAGCUUUAUCAACAGUGCAAAAGUGGGCAGCUGAAUUUAUGAGGGCAAGAGAGAGUCUUGAAGAUGACCCAAGGUCUGGACAUUCUGCAACUGCCGCCAUUGAGGAAAUCAUUAAUUGUGUUCACCACAUGCUGAUGGAUGACAGGCAAUUAACUAUAAAUCAAAUAGCCAAUGCUAUUAGUAUAUCCCAUAAGAGAGUUGAGAAUAUUCUGUGCAAUGAACUUGGCAUAAUGAAGGUUUCUGCUCAGUGGGUGUCACAUCUGACAUCUGAUCAAAAGUGCACCAGGCUGAUUACAUCAUGGGAAAAUCUGACAUGGUUUGAGGCAGAUCCAACUGGUUUCCUUGGAUGUUUCAUAAGCCAUGAUGAGUAUUGGGUUCAUCGCUUUGAACCAGUGGCAAAGAGACAAUCCAUACUGUGGAAACACCCCUCCUUAACUGCUCUGAAGAAGGCCAAGGUCAUUUCAUCUGCAAGGAAGGUGAUGGUCUCAGUUUUUUGGGAUGCCUUUGUGCAUCCCAAAAAACUGAGAGCCACACCAUCAAUGGAGGGUAUUAUGCCAACUUACCGAGGUAGUUAUGAAAGGCUGUCAAAACAAAACACCUAGGAAAAUUGAUGAAAUGGGUCUUGUUUCAUCAGGACAAUGCUCCAGCACACAAGUCCUUGGUUUCAGUGGUUGCUGUAUGUGACCAUGGCUUUGAGCUGGUUGAUCACUCUCCCUAUUCUCCUGAUUUGGCCCCAUCUGACUAUUAUUUGUUCCUCAACAGAAAAAAAUACUUAGCCGUGAACUAGUGUCACAGUGAUGAUGAUGCCAUAUCUGAUGUUCAUGACUUUUUCUGACCAACAGGAUGAAAGCUUCUUCAACAAUGGGAUCCAAACACUGCAACACUGAUGGAAGAAGUGUGUAGACUGCAAGGGGGACUGUUGAAAAAUAAACCUCAUUUGGUCAUAUUCCGAGAGAUUAUCUUGAUCAACCUAUGAACUUUUCAGCCAACUCUCAUAGUGUUAAUCUACUCAGAAUAGACGUUAUUUGCAUUGUUUUUGUAGCCCCAUCAUUUUAACAUUAAUAAUUCUGCUUUAAAUAACUGAAGCUAUUGAAUUAAUAAUGAUAAAAAAUACAUUAGUAUUUCUGUUUGAUUCACAUUUUAAUAGCCAAUGCUUCUGUAGGUCAUAGUAAGAAGAAUGAAAGGUUAUUGAAAAGUGUAUUAUACUUUGUGUUGGCUUGUUGCCAUCUUAACUUCUUGCAUGAUUCCAUUUCCAUUACUGUGAUUUUUUGAAAUUUAAAUUUACUAAGGCUUACAGUUUUUCUUGUUAUAUUUUUACACUGUAUAAAAUAAUUUCUGAAAGAGCCUAAUUUAUGACUCAUUUAUAUUAGCUCCCAAGGGAUUGUCCCUGAACUCAAUAUGUGUAUAGUGUAAUAUUUGUUUGUAUCUUUU